AUGUUCAUCUCAUCUGAUGCUGGUAACAACUGGAGACAGGUGAGUUUAGACUGAAUUUGGAGGUUAAAUCUAAGGCAUUCUAAUCAAGGAAAACACUGAUUAUUGUAGUCUGGAGAAUAAGUAUUUUGGACAUGUACUGCUGUCUCUGCCUUUUGAUCAUGAGCUGUUUUGAAACUCUCAGUAUUCAGCUGUAAACUGCUGUAGUUUCUUACAUAUAUUGUAGGUAUAUAGUAAAAACUGUAUGUAAAUCAUAUUUUAAAUUGAAUUGUCUGUGUGUUCUCUUUCAGAUAUUUGAGGAGGAGCACAACGUCUGGUUUCUGGAUAAAGGAGGGGCCUUAGUCGCUGUGAAACAACCAACCGUCCCCACCAGACAUUUACAGUAGGUUUAAAUCUAAUUCAAUGUUUGUAUCUCUGUAAACUGGUUUCUGUAACAUGUUAGUACCUCUAUUGAUGUAAAAAAAAUUUAUGUAACUUUAUCUGUUGAUUAAAGGCAGUUUUCAAAGUUGGAACAACUUGCAAAGCACAUACAUAUGCUAUAAAGAUACAAAAUUGCUUCAAAAAUGGAAUUGGGGGAAAGUGUUUUUCCCAAUUUGCCAAUGUUUCUUCACCAGGUCCCCCUUUUAGUACUUUAACACUUUGCCCAUUCUCUUCUAAAUUGGAGCGCCCACAUUUUUCCUCAGUGAUGACCAACUCAACUGAAAUCACAUCUCUCUUCUUCUUAUAUCACUUUAGAAAUUUUUUUUGAAAUUACUUUUAGCACCAGUCAAGUGUCGAGGACGACCUUCCUUCCUGUUUGUGUCUCCUAGACGAUUUAAGUGCAUUAGUGGAGGAAAGGAACACAGUAGAAGCCUUCGUAGCAGACCAGGGUUCAAAUUGUUUUUGUUUUCAUUCAUAAUUUAAUUGAGCCUUUUAAUUGUCAGGAGUGCCAGAAUUUUCACUUUUGGGCCAAUUCCAUUGGAUCCAUUAGGCCAGGCAAGCUCAAUAACGGGCAGCUAAAGUAUUUGAAAGAUAACAAAUACUAUUUGAAUCCAGGCAAGUGCUGUAGGAACCAAUCCUCUCUCUCUCUCUUUCUCUCUCUCGCCCUCCCUCCCUCCCUCCCCCCCAGCUAGUGUAAAAGUAAAAAUGUCCUGCCCCUGGUAUCCUCCUAAAACCUGAGAACAGCGCCGGAGAAGAUGGCUGCCGUUUUACAGCCCUCUAACCAAUUGUACUAUUAUGUGUGUUUUUCCGCGUUAUUUGUAAUUUAUUUUGUACAUAAUGUUUCUGCCAUCGUCUCUUAUAACCAAAAAGAGCUUCUGGAUAUCAGGACAGCGAUUACUCACCUCGCAUUGGACGAAGAUUUUUUCUUCAACGAGGCGGCCGCGAAGGAUAUCCUACAGACACCCGACAAGGCCCAAAUCCCCGUCAUUCGCGUGAGGAAGAGACGGAGAUAUCGCGGACGCAGAUCCGGGUGCCUUGUAAGGAUCCGACGGCGAGCGAGUAAACUGCCUCUUCCAUCAAUCCUAUUAGCCAACGUUCAAGCUUUUGAGAAUAAAAUGGACGAUUUAAGAUUACGGUUAUCCUACCAACGGGACAUUAAAAACUGUAAUAUCUUAUGUUUCACGGAGUCGUGGCUGAACGACAACAAUGAUAACAUUCAGCUAGCAGGCUAUACGCUACAUCGGCAGGACAGAACGGCUGACUCGGGUAAGACAAGGGGUGGCGGUCUGUGUAUAUUUGUAAACAACAGCUGGUGCACAAAAUCAAAUACUAAAGAAGUCUCGAGGUUUUGCUCGCCUGAGGUAGAGUAUCUUAUGAUAAGCUGUAGACCACACUAUUUACCAAGAGAGUUUUCAUCUAUAUUUUUCAUAGCUGUCUAUUUACCACCACAAACCAAUGCUGGCAUUAAGAUUGCACUGAAUGAGUUGUACAAGGCCAUUAAUCAACAGGAAAACGCUCAUCCAGAUGCAGCGCUCCUAGUGGCCGGGGACUUUAAUGCAGGGAAACUUAAAUCCGUUCUACCUAAUUUCUACCAGCAUGUUAAAUGUGCAACCAGAGGGAAAAAAACUCUAGACCACCUUUACUCCACACACAGAGACGCAUACAAAGCUCUCCCUCGCCCUCCAUUUGGCAAAUCUGACCAUAACUCUAUCCUCCUGAUUCCUGCUUAUAAGCAAAAACUGAAGCAGGAAGCACCAGUGAUUCGGUUAAUAAAAAAGUGGUCAGAUGACGCAGAUGCUAAGCUACAGGACUGUUUCGCUAGCACAGACUGGAACAUGUUCCGGGAUUCUUCAGACAGCAUUGAGGAGUACACCACAUCAGUCACUGGCUUAAUCAAUAAGUGCAUCGAUGAUGUCGUCCCCACAGUGACCGUACGUACAUACCCCAACCAGAAGCCAUGGAUUACAGGAAACAUCCGCACUGAGCUAAAGGGUAGAGCUGCCGCUUUCAAGGAACGGGACUCUAACCCGGACGCUUAUAAGAAAUCCCGCUAUGACCUCCGACGAACCAUCAAACAGGCAAAGAGUCAAUACAGGUCUAAGAUUGAAUCAUACUACACUGGCUCUGACGCUCGUCGGAUGUGGCAGGGCUUGAAAACUAUUACAGACUACAAAGGGAAGCACAGCCGCGAGCUGCCCAGUGACACAAGCCUACCAGACGAGCUAAACCACUUCUAUGCUCGCUUCGAGGCAAGCAACACUGAAGCAUGCAUGAGAGCACCAGCUGUUCCGGAUGACUAUGUGAUCACGCUCUCCGUAGCCGAUGUGAGUAAGACUUUUAAGCAGGUCAACAUUCACAAGGCCGCAGGGCCAGACGGAUUACCAGGACGUGUACUCCGAGCAUGUGCUGACCAACUGGCAAGUGUCUUCACUGACAUUUUCAACAUGUCCCUGACUGAGUCUGUAAUACCAACAUGUUUCAAGCAGACCACCAUAGUCCCCGUGCCCAAGAACUCUAAGAUAACCUGCCUAAAUGACUACCGACCCGUAGCACUGACGUCUGUAGCCAUGAAGUGCUUUGAAAGACUGGUCAUGGCUCACAUCAACAGCAUAAUCCCAGAAACCCUAGACCCACUCCAAUUUGCAUACCGCCCCAACAGAUCCACAGAUUAUGCAAUCUCUAUCGCACUCCACACUGCCCUUUCCCACCUGGACAAGAGGAACACCUACGUGAGAAUGCUAUUCAUUGACUACAGCUCAGCAUUCAACACCAUAGUGCCCUCUAAGCUCAUCACUAAACUAAGGAUCCUGGGACUAAACACCUCCCUCUGCAACUGGAUCCUGGACUUCCUGACGGGCCGCCCCCAGGUGGUAAGGGUAGGUAACAACACAUCUGCCACACUGAUCCUCAACACGGGGGCCCCUCAGGGGUGCGUGCUCAGUCCCCUCCUGUACUCUCUGUUCACCCAUGACUGCAUGGCCAGGCACGACUCCAACACCAUCAUUAAGUUUGCCGACGACACAACAGUGGUAGGCCUGAUCACCGACAACGAUGAGACAGCCUAUAGGGAGGAGGUCAGAGAUCUGGCCGUGUGGUGCCAGGACAACAACCUCUCCCUCAACGUGACCAAGACAAAGGAGAUGAUUGUGGACUACAGGAAAAAAAAGAGGACUGAGCACGCCCCCAUUCUCAUCGACGGGGCUGUAGUGGAACAGGUUGAGAGCUUCAAGUUCCUUGGUGUCCACAUCACCAACGAACUAUCAUGGUCCAAACACACCAAGACAGUCGUGAAAAGGGCACGACAAAGCCUAUUCCCCCUCAGGAGACUAAAAAGAUUUGGCAUGGGUCCUCAGAUCCUCAAAAAAUUAUACAGCUGCACCAUCGAGAGCAUCCUGACUGGUUGCAUCACCGCCUGGUAUGGCAACUGCUUGGCCUCUGACCGCAAGGCACUACAGAGGGUAGUGCGUACGGCCCAGUACAUCACUGUGGCAAAGCUUCCUGCCAUCCAGGACCUCUAUACCAGGCGGUGUCAGAGGAAGGCCCUCAAAAUUGUCAAAGACUCCAGCCACCCUAGUCAUAGACUGUUCUCUCUGCUACCCCACGGCAAGCGGUACCGGAGUGCCAAGUCUAGGUCCAAAAGACUUCUCAACAGCUUCUACCCCCAAGCCAUAAGACUCCUGAAAAGCUAAUCAUGGCUACCCGGACUAUUUGCAUUGCCCCCCCACCCCCAUCCUUUUUACGCUGCUGCUACUCUGUUAAGUAUUUAUGCAUAGUCACUUUAACUCUACCCACAUGUACAUAUUACCUCAACUACCUCAACUAGCCGGUGCCCCCGCACAUUGACUCUGCAACGGUACCCCCCUGUAUAUAUAGCCUCCCUACUUUAUUUUACUUCUGCUCUUUUUUUCUCAACACUUUUUUUGUUGUUGUUUUAUUCUUACUUUUUUUGUUUAAAAUAAAUGCACUGUUGGUUAAGGGCUGUAAGUAAGCAUUUCACUGUAAUGUCUGCACCUGUUGUAUUCGGCGCAUGUGACCAAUAAAAUUUGAUUUGAUUUGAUUUUGAUUUAAUAGAUGUGUAUCAACACUUUGUCUGUUGUCUGAACUUAUAGCCAGAUGAAGGCAUGCUGGCUGAGGGAGGUUUGGAUGGAAGCUGCAACAAGGGGGAUGCUUCUUGUAUCCUAGUGCAAGACACUGCAUUGUUGAGUGUUGUUCCCAACCUUGUCACACACAGUACUCCAGUGUUCUAACAUCUGAAGUGAUGUUGAUGAGCUGUCAGAAUCAAUAGAGAACAGGCCCGGAGAAUGAAUGUUGCCCAAUCUCUUUUUUUUCUUGUCUCCCCCCACCUCUCCUCCCCUGUUUUGUAGUCGUUAGAACAUGAAACAGAUCUAUUCUGGUUUGUUUUCUGUAUGUUGUGUUUUUUCAUGUUCACCACCUCGUUGUAGACUGUAAGUAAACCUAAGACCUAUGACGUUGUUGUUUUCCCUUCAAGUUGUUAUGCCUCCACGCUUUGAUAGUCAGAGUUCUGUUUUUUUCUUCUAUUCAGCAGAACGUGUGUUAACUGUAGUCAAUUAGAUGCAACCUGAGAUUCAUUGGCUGACUGUCUAUUGAGACUAUUUACUCUGCUGAUCUUCCAUGAACCCAGUUGACUCACUGUAAUUGAGAGCAUCAGGGUUGGGAUUCAGAGUAGGAAUGCUGAUCUAGGAUCAGAUCUUCCCGGUCUGUAUAAUCUCAUUCAUUAUUAUCUAAAAGACAAAACUGAUCCUAGAUCAGCACUCCUACUCAGAGUUACACUAUAUAUACAAAAGUAUGUAGACACCCCUUCAAAUUAGUGGAUUCUGAUAUUUCAGCCACACCUGUUGCUGACAGGUGUAAAAAAUUUAGCAUACAGCCAUGCAAUCUCCAUAGGUAAAAACACUGGCAGUAGAAUGGCCUUACUGAAGAGCUCAGUGACUUUCAACGUGGCACCAUCAUAGGAUGCCACCUUUCCAACAAGUCAGUUCGUCAAAUUUCUGCACUGCUAGAGUCAACUGGGGCCUCCUGUAGCUCAAUUGGUAGAGCAGGGCGCUUGCAACGCCAGGGUCGUGGGUUCGAUUCCCACGGGGGGCCAGUAUGAAAAAUGUAUGCACUCACUAAGAGCUUCUGCUAAAAUGGCUAAAAUGGCUCAAAUGUAACUGUAAGUGAUGUUAUUGUGAAGUGGAAACUUCUAGGAGCAGCAACGGCCAUUAAGUGUAGGCCACACAAGCUCACAGAACGGGAUCGCUGAAUCGCGUAAAAAUCGUCUGUCCUUGCAACACUCACAACUGAGUUCCAAACUACCUCUGGAAGCAACGUCAGCACAAGAACUGUUCGUCGGGAUCUUCAUGAAAUGAGUUUCCAUGGCCAAGCAGCCAUACAUAAGCCUAAGAUCACCAUGCGCAAUGCCAAACGUCGGCUGCAGUGGUGUAAAGCUCACCGCUAUUGGACUCAGGAGCAGUGGAAACGCAUUCUCUGGAGUGAUGAAUAAUGCUUCACCAUCUGGCAGUCCGACGGACAAAUCUGUGUUUGGCGGAUGCCAGGAGAAUGCUACCUUCCCCAUUGCAUAGUGCCAACUGUAAAGUUGGGUGCAGGAGGAAUAAUGGUCUAGGGCUGUUUUCAUGGUUCGGGAUAGGCCCCUUAGUUCCAGUGAAGGGAAAUCUUAACGUUACAGCAUACAAUGACAUUCUAGACGAUUCUGUGCUUCCAACUUUGUGACAACAGUUUGUGGAAGGCCUUUUCCUGUUUCAGCAUGAAAAUGCCCCCGUGCACAAAGCGAGGUCCAUACAGAAAUGGUUUGUUGAGAUCGGUGUGGAAGAACUUGACUGACCUGCACAGAGCCCUGACCUCAACCCCAUCGAACACCUUUGGGAUGAAUUGGAAUGCAGACUGCGAGCCAGGCCUAAUCGCCCAACAUCAAUGCCCGACCUCACUAAUGCUCUUGUAGCUGAAUGGAAGCAAGUCCCCGCAGCAAUGUUCCAACAUCUAGUGGAAAGCCUUCCCAGAAGAGUGAGCCUGUUACAGCAGCAAAGGGGGGACCAACUCCAUAUUAAUGCCCAUGAUUUUGGAAUGAGAUGUUCGACGAGCAGGUGUCCACAUACUUUUGGUCAUGUACUGUAUGAGAUGGGAUUUGUUUAAUCCCAAAUGGCACCCUAUUUACUAGCAGCCUACACUACUUUAGAACAGAGCCCUAUAGGACCUGGGUGCCAUUUGGGAUUCAUUUUAUGUAUUUUUGUGUUGUCACUCUGUUCCAGGAUCAGUUUUGAUGAGGGGCGCAGUGGACCAGACAUAGCUUCUCCUUAGUGCCUCUGUUUGUGGACGGGAUGCUGGUGGAGGCCGGGACAGAGAACCAGAUCAUGACGUGAGUAGGGACGAUGGAGGAAUGGAGGGAUGACAUGAGUAGUGAUAAAUGAUCUAGAGAUGGGGGGAUGAUGUUCUUUUGUCCUCCGUUCUUUUGGGACUUAUUUUGGGAUAUAAGGGGAUGGGGAGGAAAGAAUAUAUGGGGUGAGAAGGAGGAAUUUCAAUUCAAUGAAUGCUGAUGUCUCGUCUUUAUUAACAGACGUCUAAAUAGGAGAUUCAUAAGGGUUGUCAGUCUGUUAGCUUAGGACUGAAUGCCCCAUUACAUGACAAAGUAGCCAGAAGGUAGUGGAUUCACAGACUAUCGUCCACAAGGGUAGGGGUGAAAAGAUAUCCAUUAUAAUAAAAGCACUGCAUGAAUCUAUACAGGCUAUUGUUGAAAAAGAGAAGAGUCUAAGUUUUGAACAGUGCUUAAGUUGUCUAUCAACUGUAAAAAUUGAGCGCAACAGAACCAGUUACAACUGAGAUAUCUGAUCAUCAAUUAAUGUGCCAUUUGUUGAUUAACACAGCAGUCCCAUAUCAUCACGUAGGCCUAUAUGCACUUGUAACUUGUUUUCAUUUGUGAAACUCUAAUUUUCAAUUUUAUUCCAUGAUAUUGUUGUUACAAAAUAGAUUUGUGUUGACUGUGAUUGGGCAUGGGAAUAUAAGAGCAUCUGCUAUGCUAAAUUAACAAACUAGGCAUGCAUAGCUGAUCCUCAAACCAAAGACUGGCCAAACUCAUGUUUCUAUUUAAUGCUAAGUAAAAAAAAAAAAAAAAAGAUUACACAACCUAAAUGCAACAUUUAUAAGUGCGUUGUUGAAGUACUGUUGUUGAUGACUUGUUGAAAUGCUGAGCGCUCCUGCCAGCCUGUAGCGUGUCACAAAUGUUUCACAAUUGAUUUCUUAAAUUGCGGGCUAUAGCUUGGAAAAAAUAAUAAUAUAAUAAUACAUUUCUGUUCCUUCUUAGGCUAACUGGCUUGCUCCUGACUGAUGUUAGAGUUAGUAUGUUGUUUAACAGCCUGUUGAAAGGUUGAACGUCAUUUGAUAGUGACAGAAUCACACAUUACUUCCCAAGUACAUUUUUUGUCUCCUCGGCUAUAGAAGGUUUUAGCACAGCCUCUGAAUGUCAUAGAGACGAACCAAAGAUAUCUCACAUGCAUCGGAGUCACGUCUUUACCCGGAAUUUUACAGCUUGUUUCUAGCAUAAAGCAUUGCGGACUAACACGUCGUUAUAGAUUACUUUAUAUAAUCAUGUCCAUAACUGUUUUCCCAAAAACAACAAGAUAACAAGGGGGUAGGCCUAUGCUUUCAGCCAUUUUCUUUAACAAAAGCCAUAAUACCCUCACAUACCCCCUCAAUUCGAGCCCUGGGUUUUAACUUAAUACACCAAGCUCUUCACUGACACUGAGAUAUUUAAGGAGUGUAUGGUGACAGAAGGAAUUGGCUGACAAAGUAUACGGAUAGUUGACUAUAAUUACUGUCACUUUAUUUUACUUCUGCUCUUUUUUUAUUUUUUUAUUUUUUUAUUUUAUUUUUUUCGUUUUUUUUUUUUUUUUUCCUCAACACUUUUUUUGUUGUUGUUUUAUUCUUACUUUUUUUGUUUAAAAUAAAUGCACUGUUGGUUAAGGGCUGUAAGUAAGCAUUUCACUGUAAUGUCUGCACCUGUUGUAUUCGGCGCAUGUGACCAAUAAAAUUUGAUUUGAUUUGAUUUGAUUUGAUUUGAAUGUAAUCUGUCAAACAGGUAGGCCUGCCUCUUAUUUCUUGAAUAGGAAGAAAUAGGCUCCAACACAAAGCCCUAUUGUUGUUAGUAGCCUAAAGCCAAAUUAAACUGCUGCUGCUUCAUGGUAAUGUAAGUUAUGUAAAUUACUCGAAUAUGGCUUCUUGUGAGGUCAAUAACUCUGAUAAAUAGCUUCAAUUAUAUCAGUAGCAAGCUCACCUCCAGUCCUCCUUUUCAUCUUUGCUCUCUCCUUCUCAAACAGUAGGCCUAGUUUUCGAUUUCAAAACUGAGGAAGGAAGUACAUUUUCUUAGAAAUAUAACUUUGCCAUGUGCUUCUCCUUGCAUGCUCUUCAUGUAGCCUAGUCCUAUAACAUACAGUUUAGGCUAUGGAUCAUUUUAUUGAGACCACACUAGGCGCACUUGAUAUUGUGCACCCAGCAGAGAAUCAGGGAUGAGGGGCAUCAUCGUGCACACAUCGAGAUACUAUAAUAAGCAACUAAUUCUCAAACCCUGAGAAAUGUGGCAUUUAAUCGAUUACAAAUUACAUGACCCUCCCCUGGACUAAAUAAAACAAUACUAAUCCCUCCCCCACACUGAAAUUGAAAAAGCAUGACCCUCCCCAUUUUGCUCCGGGUAACAAUGAUUUAACAUGGUAGAUGCAGUGUACUUACAGUGUUUGUGUAGUUACAAUAAGCUCAAUAGGUUAACAUAAGAGUGGUUGACCUUGCUGUUCUAUGUUAAAUUUGACAUUUGAAAAUGACAUACUGUAAUCCCAUGUGUGUGUACUGUAUGGAUGAAUAUCCUGUAUGUGUUUCACAGGGCGAGCCGUGUGUGAUGGACCAGAAACAGAACUAUAUGAAACGCAGACCAGGAAACUAUUGCAUGCUGGGAAAAGACUACGCCAAAGUCCACUAUGCUGAGUCGUGUAUUUGUCGGGCCUACGACUUUGAAUGGUAA